AUGGCAAAUGACAUACGUGAAGUUCUUCAGCUACAGAUUGGGGCAGAAAGUAUCGAAAUCGGUAAUUACUGUUGGGAAUUGUAUUGUUUGGAUCAUCAUUUGUCUUUCGAUGGAUGUUCACAAGGUGAAAUAGAUCCAUAUAUUCGCCCUCGAUGCUUCUUCUCUGAACGGUAUGAUGAUGGUGGAAGGAAUUAUCGUCCUCAUACAUUUUUCAUCGAUCAUAAUGGAACUACCACUGAUAAAAUCAAAGCAACCAAAAUGAGAAAUUUGUACCAUGACAAUCAAUUUAUCGUAUCGGAAAAGUCUUCUGAGUUAAUAAUGGACGAAAUUCGACGUGAAAUCGAAUCGUACGAUCAGUUUCAAGGAUUUAUGAUUUCUCAUUCAACAAAUGGCGAAUGUUCAACUCUAUCGUCCGAACUUCUAGCAAAUCUCAAAUCUGAAUACGCAGCUAAAACCAUUGUGACAAAUUCCAUAAUCGCAUCGCACAUCGAUACUCGUCACAUGGCGAAUCUAUUGAAUUAUGCAGACGUGAUCAUACCUAUGGAAUACAAAGCGGCUUUUAACAUUUGUCAACACCAGCUACAAAUCGAUAUGCCUACUUAUUCAAAUGUAAGUAGACUGAUUGCAACAUGCUGGAGUAAUGUGACAUGCUCAAUGAGAUUUGAUAGUUGUUUAUUGGAUUGUUUAAAUGAAUUCCAAACAAGGUUAGUCGGUCGCUCUCUAUCGAAACUAAUCACAUCUUAUUUAUCUCCAUUGAUUCCAUAUGCAUGUGGUCAAAGCGAUGAUUUCAAAUCUCCAUCAGUAUAUGAUAUGUGUAUACCAACAUUGAUUCAAUCAAGCACUCGCUUUAUUGAUCAAGCUUUGACUUCACGUCAUUUUGUCUUAAGUCUUUGUUUACUUUUUCACGGCGAAAAUAUAAUUCCAAAAGAAAUUGGACAAAAUCUGAUUUGUGAUUUGAAGAAAUCGAUUCGGUUUCUUGAGCGUGAUCAAUUGGGACUCGGCUGUGGAAUUAAUUAUCAUCGGCCUUCUAUUUUCGAUGAUCACUCCGAGAUUGCUUUCACUGAUAAACAAGUUUUGAUGUUGGCGAAUGAAAUAACAACAUCGAAAUAUUUAUAUGACAUGAUCUUAAAUCAAAAUGAGAACGAUUCAGCAAAGACUCACGAGGAAAUUGAAGCUUUGGAACGCUUAAAAACUACUUACGAAGAAUUUGAAGAUGAAAUGUUUGACGUCAACAAUGAAAUAUUGAGUACAUGA